UUUGAUAAUAUUAUUUUCCUACCAUAGUUUGUAAUCCCACGCUGGUCUUGUUUUUAAAUUUCUUAAGCUCUCCCCAUAAUUUGUGGAUUUUGUUUUUUUGCGAGGACGUCUGAUCACUGUCGAACUCGUGUGUAGAAAAUGUGUGAACAAUAAUUAUUAAGUAGCAAUUCCCGUUUUUAAAUCGUUCUGAACAUGGCUCUUCAAUUUCGCGUUGCCUCAAAGUUGUUCGGAUUUUAUAGAAUUUGCUCCACGUUCCGAUGCAACCGCGUGGAAUGUCAAUCCCGUUUGAUGCGUUCACUGCCGGCAUCGAACGUUCCGAAAUGUACCCAAAACGUGCGAUGUAUUAGCUCUCAAGAUACAAAGAUAAUUGAUCUUAAUUAUGCAGAUCUUGAUCCAGUGUAUGUACCAAUUAAAAAAGAUGAAAUUGAAGUACAAGGUGUAGAAGAUGUACAAGAAGAUCAACAUUCAAUGAAUUUGGACGUUGUAAUAAAAUGUAAACGAAAAGCUUUAAACCAUCAGAGAAACCAAAGGUAUGAAGACUUUAAAGAAAUUCCACUUGCAUCAAAAGGAUGGAAAAAUAAAAAAUCCAAAGAUGAUUAUUUUAUAAUUAAUAUUUAUAAUGAUGAAUAUUUGCCUCAGAGCAGAAAAUGUUUGCUUGACUUUCAAAGUACUGGAUUGUCACAGCCUAUUAUUGAUAUAUUAAAAAAACAAAAAAUUAUUAAUCCUUCGGAAAUUCAAGCAUUAGGGAUUCCAUCAAUAUUAAAGGGUAAGAAUACUUUACUUGCUGCUGAAACUGGCUGUGGUAAAACAUUAGCAUAUUUGUUGCCUAUAAUUCAACAAAUAUUAGCUCAUAAAAGUAAAGUGAAAGUACAAAAUCAGUUUAAUAGUCCUUUAGCUUUGGUUAUUGUACCUGGCAGAGAAUUAGCUGAUCAGAUAGGAGAGUUUGCCAAUUGGUUUACUGAAGAUCUACCGUUAAAUGUUAAAGUGAUCACUGGAGGUCACACAAAAAGACUAAUAACUAAUCCAGUUUUUGAAGAAAAUGAUUUAAUUAUUGCUACAAUAGGAGCGUUAAGCAAAUUAACCACCACAGGCAUAUACUCAAUGCGUUAUGUUCGUCAUGUUGUAUUGGAUGAAGCAGAUACUCUUAUGGAUGAUAGUUUCAAUGAAUUAGUGAAUCAUUUCUUAUCAAGAUUUCAUUUCAAGACUGGUAAUGGAAGAUCAUCUAAUUUAAACUUAACUCAAUUAUUGUUGGUUAGUGCCACAAUGCCAACAAGCUUAUCUGAUAUUUUGGGUGGAAUAAUAGAUGUGGACAAUUUAAAUAAAAUUAAAACUGACAAGCUACAUGGCAUCCUUCCUCAUGUUCAACAAAAAUUUAUUAAAACCAAUUUAGGGGAAAAGCCAUCAACAUUGUUAUUACUAGCGAAAAAACUUUAUAAAAGCAAUACUCCAACAAUAAUAUUUUGUAAUAAAUCAAGUACUUGUGAUUGGGCGACAAUGUUUUUAAAUGAAAAUGGCAUCAAGGCAAUAAAUUUACAUGGUGAUAUGUUGUAUGAAAUUAGACAGGGCCAAUUUAAAAAAUACCAAAAUGGCUUGGUCAACAUAUUGGUCACUACAGAUAUAGGUUCCAGAGGAUUAAAUACAAUACGGACUAAGCAUAUUAUUAACUAUGAAUUCCCUCAUUAUAUUGCUGACUAUAUACAUCGAUGUGGACGUACUGGGCGUUUAAAUUCUGGUAUAGAUGGUAAAGUUACCAAUUACAUAUGUACGAACAAUGAAAUUGAAUUGGUUCAAAAAAUAGAACUAGCUGCACGUACAAUGAAGUCUUUGCCAAAUGUUAAUGGAAACAUAACAAAAAUACGAAGAUUUCAUAUAUUAAAUAAUCUGGAAAAUAAAGUUAGGGAUUCAACUAAUUGAAAUUGUUUAUCUAUCCUGUGUAAAAUGUAUGUGCAUCAAAUCUCAAUAAAAUUUAUUUUUGGCAGUUAUACAAAUUAUAAAAUAAAAAAAAAAAAAUGUUGUUAUUUUGUA